UUUCCUUUAUCUCCCACUUCUUCGUCUUUCCUUUUCUUUUCUCUAUCGCCGUUAGGUUUUCUUUCCUCUAUCGCUGUUAGGUUUCCUUCGUCUCCCACCUCUUCUUCUUUCCUUUCCUCUUUGCAAUGUAAUCAGGUUCUUCCCUCUCCACAGCAAGUAAAGAGAAGCUCAAAGGUAACCUAUUUAUUAUUUCUUCCCUCACCGCAGCACCGCGGAUAGACUCGCCAGGCGACGAGGGUCGCCUCGCCGGGUGACGAGGGUCGCCUCGCCGGACGACGGGGGUCGCCUCGCCGGGCGACGAGGGUCGCCUCGCCGGGCGACGAGGGUCUGCUUCGCGUUGCCACAUUCUGACGAUGAGAAAGAGGAGAUGGUGUCAGAGGAAGAGAUCAGCCUGCCUUCCUCUUCUGGCUUCCUCCCCAAAUCCAAGGAUGUCUUCCUCUUCUGGCUCCCUCCCCACAUCCAAGGAAGAUAUCAACCAAUGAUGCCAAGUCAUUGCGAGAUAUGGCAUGGAAGAAAGAUUCUCAAAAUCGUGAUGCGUAUUUGGCUUGUGAGAGUAAGGGUGAGUAUGAAAGGUUGACUACCUUCCUGAAGUUGACGUACACCAGUACAAGGCCAGGAUUGCACAUUAUCCAUAUUGCUGCAAAAUGGCACCAGUUGCAAGGGUUGGUGGUUUAGGGGAUGUUAUCACUGGUCUUGGUAAAGCAUUGCAGAGGAAGGGACACCUAGUGGAAAUUGUCCUUCCAAAAUAUGAUUGUAUACAGUAUGAUCUUAUUGCCGAUCUGAAGGCACUGGAUGUUGCGAUAGAGUCUUAUUUUGAUGGACAACUAUUCAGGAACAAAAUUUGGGUUGGGACUAUUGAAGAUGACAGGUACUUGGAUUUUUAUGAAUCAAUAUAAUGGUUGAAGAUGAUUCAUCUAAUUGAGUUUUUAUUUUACAAGACUUUGUUAGUAUUUACAAUUUAAUAUUUUGAGUGUAUUUGUAGGUUGUUUUGGAUGUAAAAGAUUUAUCAUUAGUAUUGCAUUUGUAAAUUUGACUCAAAUGAGUAUUGGAUGAAUAAAAAUAUCUAUGAGCCUUUUAAAUUU